AAGUCUGAGCAUGCAGAUUAGCUGUGUUUUGCCCACACCCAAGUCAGACACAAAACAGCUUUGGAGACCUACGGAGCAGUGGAUCGCCGAGUAACUCCUUCAAAAAAACCUUCACGAUGUUCCUUGCUAAAGCUUUGCUGAGUGGAGGAAGUGGUAGUAGUCGUGGAGGAAGCCUUGCACGUGGCCUUGGAGGGCUCCUGACAGGAGGUGGAGGUGCAGGGAAUAUUGGAGGACUUGUUGGAGGUCUCGUCAACUUUAUAAGUGAAGCAGCAGCUCAGUAUAAUCCAGAGCCUCCUCCACCUCCUCGCAAUCAUUUCACAAAUGUGGAAGCUCAGGAGAGUGAUGAGAUCAGACAGUUUCGUCGCCUGUUUGCCCAGCUGGCUGGAGAUGAUAUGGAAGUGUGUGCCACGGAGCUAAGGGACAUCCUGAACAAAGUGCUUUCCAGACACCAAGACCUGAAGACGGAUGGCUUCAGCUUGGACACCUGCCGCAGCAUGGUCGCCGUCAUGGACAGCGACGCAAGCGGCAAACUGGGCUUUGAGGAGUUCAAGUAUCUGUGGAACAACGUCAAGAAGUGGCAGUGUGUGUACAAGCAGUACGACACUGAUCAGUCAGGCACUGUUGGGAGAGCCCAGCUGCCAAACGCCUUGAGGGCUGCGGGGUUCCAGCUGAACGAGCAGCUGUGCCAGGCGAUCGUGCGCAGAUACGCCGCCGAGGACGGCAGCGUGGAUUUCAACAGCUUCAUCAGCUGCCUGGUGCGGCUGGACGGCAUGUUCAGGGCCUUCAAAGCCCUGGACCGGGAUGGGAGUGGGCGCGUCCGAGUCACCAUCAAAGACUGGCUGCAGCUGACCAUGUAUUCCUGA